AUGCCGUACGGAAAGGUCGACGAGCUCGCCAUCAACACGAUUCGCACGCUUGCGGUCGAUGCCACAUUCCAGGCCAACUCUGGCCACCCGGGCGCCCCUAUGGGCAUGGCCCCAGUGGCUCAUGUCUUGUUCAACAAGUUCAUGACCUUCAACCCAAAGAACCCCGACUGGGUUAACCGCGACCGAUUUGUGCUUUCCAACGGUCACGGAUGCAUGCUCCAGUAUGCGCUGCUCCACCUGUUCGGCUACAAGGUCACCAUUGACGACUUGAAGAACUUCCGUCAAAUCGACAGCAUCACACCUGGUCACCCAGAGUCCCACGACACCCCCGGUAUCGAGGUCACAACCGGUCCCCUCGGCCAGGGUUUUGCCAACGCUGUCGGUCUCGCCAUUGCCGAGAGGCACACUGGCGCCGUCUUCAACAAGCCCGGCUACGAGCUCAUCAACAACUACACGUACACAUUCUUCGGCGAUGGCUGCUCCAUGGAGGGUAUUGCCAGCGAAGCGGCUUCCAUGGCCGGUCACUUGAAGCUCGGCAACCUCAUUGCCAUCUACGACGACAACCACAUCUCCAUUGACGGUGACACCAAGUGCGCCUUCACAGAGGACGUCUCCAAGCGGUUCGAGUCAUAUGGCUGGCACGUGCAGCACGUCGAGAACGGCGACACGGAUCUCGAGGCCAUUGAAAAGGCCAUUGCCGAGGCCAAGAAGGUGACCGACAAGCCCUCGAUGAUCAAGCUGACGACCACCAUUGGCUUCGGCUCCAAGCUCCAGGGAACCGGCGGUGUCCACGGAAACCCCCUCAAGGCCGACGAUGUGAAGCAGGUCAAGGAGAAGUUUGGCUUCGAUCCCGCCAAGACGUUUGCCGUUCCCCAGGAGGUCUACGACAUGUACCACAAGCACGCCGCCGAGGGUGCCGCUGCGGAGGAGGAGUGGAACAGGACGCUUGAAAAGUACAGCAAGGAGCACCCAGAACUCGCUGCUGACCUCAAGCGCCGGCUGAACCGCGACCUGCCCGAAGGCUGGGUCGAGAAGCUCCCCACGUACAAGCCCUCAGACCCCGCAAUCGCCUCAAGAAAGCUCUCCGAGAGCGUUCUCGAGGCCAUUCACGACGCUGUUCCCGAGCUGCUCUCUGGCUCUGCUGAUCUGACUGGCUCCAACAACACGCGCUGGAAGAAUGCAGUCGACUUCCAGCCUCCGGAUCUCGGUAUCGGUGACUGGUCUGGCCGCUACCUCAGGUACGGUGUCCGUGAGCACGCCAUGGCUGCGGUCAUGAACGGAAUGUGCGCAUACGGUACCAUUAUUCCCGCUGGAGGUACUUUUCUCAACUUUGUCUCCUAUGCCGCCGGCGCUGUCCGCCUGUCCUCGCUCUCACACCAGCGUGUCAUUUACGUUGCGACGCACGACUCGAUUGGCCUGGGAGAGGAUGGCGCAACCCAUCAGCCCAUUGAGACUCUUGCCCAUUUCCGUGCCCUGCCCAACAUGAUGGUCUGGCGCCCGGCUGACGGCAACGAGACUUCUGCUGCCUACUACAUGGCACUGACGUCGAAGCACACUCCCUCGAUCCUAGCCCUGACCCGUCAGAACUUGCCACAGCUCGAGGGCUCGACGCUCGAGAAUGGCAUCAAGGGUGGAUACACUGUGCUCGAGGACAAGGAUGCCCAGAUCACGCUCGUUGCCACUGGUUCCGAGGUUUCACUCUGUCUCGAGGCUGUCCAGACGCUCAAGGAGCAGGGCAUCAAGGCCCGCGUUGUUUCGUUGCCUUGCACAGAGGUCUUUGACGCGCAACCAAAGGAAUACAAGAUGAAGGUCAUUCCAGGUGGCAUCCCAGCGCUCAGCGUCGAGGUCAUGUCGACGCUCGGAUGGGAAAAGUACUCGCACGAGCAGUUUGGUCUGAACCGGUUUGGUGCCUCGGGACCUUACAAGGAGGUUUACAAGAAGUUUGAUUUCACACCCGAGGGCAUUGCGAAGCGGGCCAAGCUGACCAUUGACUUUUACAAGGAUGUCAAGCCCCUGCGCUCUCCUCUUGACCGUGCGUUUGAGCAGCUCAUUUAG